AUGGUGAUUAGGCUCGAAAGGCUGCGGGUGCGGGAGGCCUUGAACGCUCGCGACGCAACUGUGAGCCGUCUGGCCGAGGCGUGUGCGUCCGUCCGCCAGAAAACCGAAGCGCUGGCCGCCCUCCAAGAGGAGAAGGAGGCCCUCCAGCGUGCUCUGGAUCGCGCCGCAAAGCGAGACGACCAUGGCGCCGACAAGGAGAACCUGUGUAGGGGGAGCAUGAGUGUCAAGUCAGAAGGAGCAGGCGAAGUUGGCAGGCAACUCGUGGGAUACUUAAAGGCGAUCGAGAACAAGCUUGCGUCCCUGAAGCUCUCAGAGGGACAUGAAAGACCGACAGUCAGCGAGAUUGAAAACACCUACAAGGUCUGCCCUAUCUACUUAUCUGAUCACCCGCCAGUUAUCAAAGCUACGUCCGCACAGGCCAUUUACCAGCAGCUGGAGUCAAUCAUUGGAACAGUGAUGAAGGUUCCAGAGGAAGCCCUCACCGGCCCUCUGGUGGCCCUCAGAGACUCUGCCAAUGUCAAUAGUCAGUGGCACGCUCUUCUGCCGGGCCCAAUGACUGCUUGUGUAACUCCAAGCCUGAGAGACUUCGACGCUCCCGAAUCGCCGUGGACGCCGCUCGAGGGCGAGCGAUCCGUGGCUCUGCCAUCUGUGAGCACCACAGAGAAGAUUGAAGCUAGAUACGCCAUUCUUGCGUCCCUCCCGCUUCCCUCUGAUAUUCCUGACGACUCCUUGACUCCUAUUUUCAUACCGACGCCCUAUACCCUACACGACGUCGUCAGUACAACUUCCGGACUUCUGCGAAUGCAGUUGGGAAAUUACCGCGUCUUCCAACAAUCAACGACUACGUGGUGCCCGGAGCGCGAGGAGCACGGGUACUUCCUCACCCCCGCGUUCAAGUGUAGUACCAAUCCGCGCGUCAGCACCGCGCACCGGUGGUCUGUCGUCGACAUGUCUAGCAAGCUCGAUAAGCCGACCGAGUGCUUCUACAACAAGGAUGGAAAGUGGUACUAUGCGGGGAUUUACAAGUCGUUCCGCCUAGACGACCUGUGCACGCAAGAGUGGGAAUGCCUUUCCCAAGAGACAUCGCAAGUCCUGAUCAAAGAAACCCUUGUGGGGCGUAAAAACACCUCCCCGCAGAAUCUGUACGAGACCGGUCAGCUCUACUCCGUCGGCGCCCUCAAGGUCGCCUGCAUUGGCCUCCAGUGCAUCGGGUUCAACAGCACGCUAUAUCGCGGUCUCCUCGAGCACGCUAAGCUGUGCAUGCAAACUGGGAAAUGGCGCGCGCAAACAGGCCCCGCCGUUUUCAGCAACAGUCCUGGGCUGGGUCUCGGGGCGAGCGCGCCGAGCUGGGGCGGGAACCUCAACGCGAACGUCAGCACAGAUGCGAUACCUACAAGGAGUGGACCGGGCAGCCCGGUAAUCAUGGGACAUGGUGCACCUACUACCUCUGGAAUGAACCUGGGAGGACGCACCGGACAUACGUUCGGAUCCGCACCCGUACCCGUCCCUGGGCUUGGACUUGGAGCUGGACCUGGGCAGCCUUCUUCUGGUGUCCGAACUGGCAUGCAGCACAUCGGCCCUCAGGACCUCUCUGCUCCUCCUGGUCUGCGAUCUGCUGGAAACCCGUGA